AAUGAACAAAUACUAUAAUUAUUAAUUAUUGUUAUGAUGAAUUAUUGUGAUUAUACCCACAGGCGCUGGUGCCACUUCCCAGUGACCCGGACAGUCUCCUGCCCAGUGCAGAACGGGUCGGAGACAGUGUACCAGCGGGUAUAUCAGAGCUGCAGGUGGCCGGGAUCCUGCGCCAAUUUAGUGAGUUACAGAACCCUCAUCCGCCCCACGUACCGCGUUUCCUACCGCACCGUGACGGCCCUGGAGUGGAGGUGUUGCCCGGGUUUCGCUGGCAGUAGCUGCGAGGAAGAAUGCAUGAACUGCACCCAUCUGAGCAGCAUGAGCGAGAGGCUGGCCACGUUGGAAGGGAAGAUCCUUCUGCUGGAGGAGACGGAGAGGACCCCGACCCCAGAGAACGGUCUGCCCCUCCCCAGGGCCACGGCCCCCCGGAAUGAGGGCUUCCCUCCUGACGCCAUCCCGCUGUCGGACCCCAGAGCCGCCGGGAGGAAGGCCGGAGCCCCCGCAGGACUGCCGGGACAGGUGGGACCCCCGGGGCCCCCGGGGCCGAAAGGCGACCGGGGUCAGGUGGGGGAGAAGGGGCCCGUCGGGCCGCCGGGUCCGGUGGGACCACCAGGAGCCAGAGGGCUUCCGGGAGACACCGGGGUCCCCGGCCCCCCUGGGCCUCCGGGACACCCUGGCCCCCCGCUGACCUUCCAGCAAGGGGUGCUCUACUCCCUGCAGCCCACGGGCGAGAACGAAAGCGGUGACCCCCAGCUGUCUUCCACCCUCGUCGACGCCGUCCUGGCCGGAGCCCCGGGGCCUCGCGGCCCCCCCGGCCCCGCCGGCCCCCCGGCAGGACCGCCCGGACCCUCGGGACCCCUCGGAUCUCCGGGGCCGUCGGGAGCCCCAGGCCCCCAGGGGGAGCCGGGCAACAGGGGACAGGAAGGAGAGAAAGGAGUGGAGGGCGAGGGUGUCCAGCAGCUGCGGGAGGCCCUGAAGAUCCUGGCCGAGCGGGUGCUCAUCCUGGAGCACAUGAUCGGGGUCCACGAUCCUUUGUCUCCCAGCGAGCCAGGGUCCGGUCAGGAGGCCGCCCCGGGCUCCGUGCUGCGGACCGACGUCAAGAUCAAACGCGGCGGUGGCGGGAGGGGUCCCCGCCCCCAGCCCAACCAGACCCUCUCCUCCCUCCCGAGCGGCGAGGACCCCCGGAAGGAGAGCGGCGGCCUGAAAUAAGGCCGGGUUGGGGGGGCGGAGACGCGGCGUCCGAGGGCGGACGCGAUCCCCUAAUUCUCCCGGCUCCCCGAGUUGGAAGGGGGAGAGAGAGCGCGUGUAUGUGUGUGUGUGUGUGUGUGUGUGUGUUUACCGGCCCCCCACCCCGGCCCUCAGCCCAGGCAGGGUCUCCAUGGACAGGCAACCGUGAAGGUCCCCCCCCGCCUGUCGGCCUAGAUGGAAGCGAUGCCUCGGCCCCCCUCCACGCUCCCUUUUGGCCAGGCGACGGGCCGGGGAGGGCUUGGUCGUGGGCGACCGGGGGCCUGGGCGACGGGGUCGGAGUCCCGUCGUUGGGGGUCCCCCCCAGAGAAGAGGGAGAGCUUGGAGCUGAGGGUCAGCUGAGCGAAGGGCUGUGGCCCGGCUCCCCGGCCUGGGCGCCCUCCUGCUCGUUUGCCUUCAGGGGUAGGAACAGACCGUCCCGCCCCCCCCGGACUCCCCUCUCCGUCCCUGUCUUUCCCCCGGUGACCCAGCACGGAGCAUCCCACCCCCCCCCCGAGUCCCCUCUCCGCCCCCGACUCGGCAUGGACCGUCCCACAGCCCUGACCCUCCGCGGCCCACUGGAUAGAGCUCGGGCCCGGGAGUCAGGAAGUCACGGGUUCUAAUCCCGGCCCGGCCACG